AAUAGCUUGUGUAUGUGUCAAGUUGUCGAUAACGACAAAUCAAGUCCUCCACAACUAACAAGUUUUCCUUCACUAGAAGGAAACGUUUGUGCGUUAUUGAUCUACAUCUUAACUUCAUUGUGUCAACUUGAUUCUAGGCUCUCUCUCUCUCCUUUGCUCCCUUGUCGUUGAUGAGAGAGACCCAGGUCGCGGCUAGUCACGUGUGACACAAGCGGAAGGGUCAACGAAUAUUUUGUUCAUGAGGUAACUGAAGCAAAAGCAACGCGAUCGCUGUAAGCCACACUCGGGCAGUACAUCUUUCAAAUUCUCCAGCCGUAUUCUAAGCUUCACAGAGGUGAAACGAAAUAUAUAUUUAUCCAGGGUACAUCACUUAAGCUAUUUCUCGAGGAUUCGAAAUUAACGUACUAGACCACAGCAACAAUCAAAGCACUUUUUCAUCCCCCCGCCCCCAAACAACAAAUUUAUUUAUCAUCCAGUCUCUGGGUGGUCACGUGACCAGCAGCGACAGCGGUCUCUCUCCUCAACGAUAAGGAAAGCAAAGGAGAAAGAGAGCCAUGUUGUCACUGUCUGUGGAUGACAGAGCAAUCAGUUACGUCAAUACGUUUGUCGGAGCAUUGUUGUCAGCGUACCUCCGCCAUGUUUAAACAGUUGUAGUCGAAGUUGUUAUUUUGACAUGUGAUGUCAGCCAAAUCCGUUUCACUUCUUUUCGUUGUCUUUGAUUCAAUGCUGUUUUUACUUUGCAUUGUUUUUACCGUGGAACAUCCUGAUCAUUUCGUAGUUGACGCUAGUCCGGCACCAAGGUCUUUUGAAUGCUUUGUAUAUAUAUUCUGUUCUGGACACUAACAGUUACUUUCGCCGAUCAUAAGUCAGUAGUUAUCGAUCAACUAUUUCCACAGAAAAAACGUCAGACAGAGACAAAACUUAAAAUACAUGUAUAUAUAGCACAAACCCCAAACGUUUUGGUGUUUUUGGUUUUGGAAUUUAAGGAACACAUUCUCAUUUGUUGUUAGAUUUCAGUCAUUAGUAUGUGUGGAGAAUGUCGGAUAGAUUGUUGUUUACGCUUGUGUCCUGCUUCGUCAUUUCUACACGGACGAGAUGACGGGCGUGGACUGAAAGCAGUUCUGACGUACAGUCGCGUGGUCAGCUCAGUUUUGGAUUCAACAUUGGUUGCGGCCAGCCACUUUCUUAACGUGGAGUGACGUCACACCGUGAAUGCAAGCGGGAGGUUUUGCGUUUACCUGUAUAUCAAGUAUAUUUCUAACAAGUACAAACUUCCUCUUGAUAAUAAAUAUGUUUUGGCCCUGUUAUCUUUCAGGAAGGAAAGCUUUUAUAUGAUGCUACCGUUAAACUUCCUUGUUGAUUUUUUUCUUUGCUGGGUCACUCCAAUCCGCCAAAAUAAAAACUACCAAAUAAACAAACGCACUAACAUAAAGAGAAGUAUUGGUGAUUUUUUUGGUGAAUAUUUUGUUUUUAUUUAAUUCCGCCUUUACAUUCGUGGAUUUCCUGCUCGCCGGUAAUAUUUGGUGUGGUGUCUUCCAAACGGAUGAUGAUUCUUCAGUGUUGAGAUUGGAGAUUUUCCGGUCUAUCUGGCGGCUCGCCAGAUGAAUAUGAAUGUGAGUUAUUUUUCUAUCAUUUGUCAUCACAGUCUGUCAUUUAAACCUUCUUUUCUUCGUUUCCAAUCCUGAAAAGAUGGGAUUUUAUAGUUGGCGUUCAUUUUUCAUUUGUGUUUGUAUUUUAUUUUCGGUCUAAUUCGUUAUGAAAGUGUAUUGUUUUAACAUCGAAAGCAAAGUGCGGUUUCACAAGAAAACGUUGUAAAGGCAAAGUUGUAAAAUUCUUAAUUUAUCUUAUGUGCUUGAAGUCAAGUUUAAGUUGACAUAGGUCGCCGAGCGGGGAAAUAUUUAAUAUUCCUGUCAAAAAUAAGUGACAACGCGCUCGCUCUCCGUCGGAAAUAAGUGGCAGUUUGAAGACAGGUGAAACGGUUGCUGAAGUUUGUAUGAACACACUCUCUUUUCUUGUAAUGUUUAUUCCUAAUCAGAGAGAACAGUUUUUCAAUUUUGUCGUUCUUUGUGGAAAACAAACAAAAGCGUAGAAUAUGUCGAGAUGUGAAGGCAGAUGGCAGCCGUUAAAGUCGCAGACUGUGUAUUGUGAAUUGUGUUGUUUUUGUUUUAGUUAUAACUUGCUUUUCUUCAUGAAGAGACGCUCUGAUCUUGUCGAACAAAAGCGCAGUGGGACUCUUUCCUGAAUUAACAUUCUUAGGUGAAGUUUCUUGUUUGGUGAAUCCUCGCCAGACUCUUGGCUCCUGUUCGCUUGUGAUAGUUUCUAUUGCACGUUAUUUAAGGUUUAUGUUGGUAUUUGCCCAGUUAUUUCCGUAAUAGAGUUUUUGGAAAGCUUUUCCGCCACUGGAGGUUUUCUCUUGUUAUCUUGUGUCAUUCUAAUAUUACAUUUUGAAGUUUUAAAAACGUCAUCCAUCAUGACAAAGACCUAAAUAGAGCGGAAGUCUAAAAUGGCCGAUAGAUUUUAGCGAUUUCUCGCCUUGUAGCUAAUUUCUCGUGGUAGGAGGGAUUUUUCACUUGUUAGUUCAGGGAGAGUUUAAAGUUUGUUUUAUCUGCCUGUGAUGGACAAGCACUUUGAUCGUUUUUAGACUUGACUUUCUUGUUGUGUCCUCAUACUUAAGUCGUUUUUAAAACGUGAGCGGCCAGCAGCAUAUAAUAGUGUUGACCCAUUCUUGCCGUCCCAGUGAAAAUUCACAAGCUUGAAUUAAAUUUUGCACUCGUAUAGUCACGGCUGACACACAACGGAAACGAGUUUUACAGCCAAUUUCCUGUGUUUUAGUUGUUCUCUGAUCUAUCAGCAAGCACCUGACAAAGGGACACAAACACAGGUGAAAGCGAUUGGUUCAGUUGUGUGUGUUGUGUUUUUAUGUUAUUACCGAGAAUUCCUCGCUUCCUUGACAGCUCAUAAGAAGUCUACUCUCUUUCCCCUCAUUUUAUCUGUUUCUCUUGCAAACACUUCACUUUUGGAAUAAUUGCCGAUGUUUACUCAUUUCUAGCCCCGCCAUUGUUCUGCAAAUGGCCAUUAAUUGAACGAAAUUAUGUCCAACCGAAAGUUGGUGUGCUGUUUCUUCAGCUGCUCUUGUCUUGCUUCUCCGGUGCUAUAGUGUUGUUCGCAGUUCAGACGCAUUUCUCCCUGGCAAUAUUUUUACGAAAAGCAAAUUAAGGAUUUUCAUCGCCUGUGUUAUGAGAGUGCGGCUAUCAUCAAGAGUGUCAUCAUCCCGCUAUUCCCGCCGAGGCCCUAGAGUUUGAUGCGCCGUGGAUGUGUGUUUACUGUUCUAUCGGCGCGUUUUGUCCGUAUCUGGAGAAUCCAUUCGAAAGUAAACCCACGAGAAAAGGAGUCAGAAAGACAAGAAUUCACACGCUCAAGUCAGGGGAACCUUGCGUGAGUUCAGGAAAUUCGACGGAAGACGAGAAAGAUCUACCAAGAGACAGUAGUAUUAAGACUGAACACGAGGUUUCCUCGCGCGGCGAUAUGUCAAGCUAUUACUUUUCCUCGCACUUGCAUCCACGUGAUGGAGCUAAACCACGAGGAAGGCCCACGUUCAGCCACAGGUCCAAGUCAAGUGGAGAUAAACGUGGUCGAGGGACCAGCAGACCCGCGGCUCGCCCGGUUGUUCGGGAAAGGGAUCCCUAUCCUGAUCGAAACUCAGAAUUUGACCCCAGUCAGCAGCGCAAAAACUCACACCAUUUUCAGAGACAUAGUAGCGAGGUUUCACGCCAUUCGGGGCGCUAUGGCUCCCCUGUGCGGAACGCAAGACUCGUGGAAGAUUCCGAGGGAAGAAAAUUAUCCCCGGCCAGUGACCCGGGAAGUAAAAGAUACCAACAAAUAGAUGAGAAUAAAACAGCUAAAGUUAUUUCCCAUCGGCGUGACGCGCCGCGGGAAAAACAGAGACUCACCCAGGAUUUAGCACGACAAAAGAGAUUACUCAGUGAAGAUAUUGCGCGCGCUGAACUCUUGCAACGCGAACAACUCACGAAGAAAUUUGCCGAUAUCUUCGAAAACAAGAAAGACGGCCUUGGGACGGACAGGGCGGUUGUGGAAGUGGACGACGAGAAGGUUUGCAGUGAAAACUGUCACGAGCAGCUGUGUCACGACGGAGACAAAGAGUGUAGUCAUUCUAUGUAUGAGCGAUGUUACGGUGACCACUCCCCUGAGUACAAUAAUGAACAUGCAAACCAGGAGAAGAAAGAUAUUGUUUGUAAACUUCCAGUCGAGCGGGAGUCGUUAUUUGAUAGAUUUAUGCGCAGAGGAACGGUACAGGAAAUGAAAAACAUCGAAUUUGUAAAUGAGAGUAAAAUUGAAGUCAAAGGGAUUCGGUACAAAAACAACGCAGGUACAAGCCCGUCUCAGUCUGAGGACGCCGUAACUGAAGGAGUGCAAUGCAAAGCAGACAACGUCACCAAUCGACCUGAAUUUGAACCGUUAAAGUUUGAGAAUGUUUCUGAUGACGAGCUUACUUUUAGCGAUGCCGAUAUAGAAAAGGCUGUUGUGGAAGAUAGAAAAAGUUCGGACGACGAACUUAAAACAAAUGGUGGAAGCCCAACUUAUACAAAGACCUUUAGCUCCACCGAAAACGGACUGGAUUCUGCGUCGGAAACAAAAUGCAAUGGAUUAGAAGAAAAUUGCGACUCGAUAGAUUCGCCAUCGAAAACCGACUUGUUUUCCAAAGAAAGCUUGAUGAACAAUCUUGGGUACAUGUCUUGUGAGUGCCCUAGUGAGGAAGGAAAUUCGAACGGUGAUGAUAAAACUACCAAGAGUAGCUCUAUGUGUGACAGCAUGGAUUAUCUACAACCUAAUGACCCAGAUCACAGCAGUAUCAAAAACUCGAAAAUUGCGCGCUUGAUGGACGAGCCCGACAUGCAGUGCGAGCACUCUAGUAAACAUGGCAAUGAUUGUGAGCCACAGAAAACUAAUGAAGUUUCUUCGUGUGGUGUUGUAGAUGAAAUAAACAAUGGAAAUGACAUUGAAAACGAGAACUCAGAUUUGUGGAACCAUCGUCCCUACGGUCUUGAAGUCAAUGACAGACAGUCGACAGACCCUAGCAAAAACGAAUGUUCGGAAAAGGAGACUAAAAAGCAAGCACCUUACAGAGUGGGAAUCCUAGAAAGCAAAGCUGGAAAAGAAAAUUUUGAAGUUAAGGACGUUCAAGGGAAAGGAACCUCACAGAACAAUUCAUUUAAUGUCGAACAAAAUUCAGAAAAUAUCGCUAACGAAUCGGAACUUUCAAACAUCGAAGGUAUGUCGGAUGCUGGUGAACUCAGUGAACCCGAGGGUGGAGCACCAGUGCCCCGCGGCAAAAUUAAGAAAAAGAAGCGCAAAAAACCGAAAGGCCACAAGAACAUUCAUAAACCAGUUUUGAAUAACCCACGCCGGAAAUCCAAGGCAAACAAAGCUCGUCCAGCUGUUAAAGAUGCUAAUUCAAGUAAAGCAAUCAAGCAGCUUGAUUCUGAAAGCGACGAUGACACACUACGUAGCAAGAGUAAAAACGUAUGUGAAGCACCACAGCAGGCGGCGGCAGUGGAAGGCAAGGGGCUCUUGGAACUUAUUGACACUCCAAAUGCGUGUAAUGAGUUAAUGACUUCAAGAGGUUCUCCUAGUCACGGGUCAGAAGAUAAGGAUAUAGAUAACAAUACUCUUAGAGAGACCGAUUCAACUACUAUCCAAGAAAGUGGUCAGAUUGAAAACGAUGACGGGAACGUAAAAAGCGGUGAACGACGAUCGCUUUCUCCGAACGAAGAAUGCUAUCGCGCAGAGAAUACUAUUGAGGAGGUUGUUGCCAUGGGGACUGUUGGCUCAGACAACUAUGAUAGCGCGCAGGAAUUGAACGCAGACUCACAAAGAAGCGCAAUGGAGGAAGAUGGAAAAAGGGAACAAGCCAGGAAAGAAAAACGAAUCGGAAAAACGAAACGAAAGAGCGACGAAAAGGAAAGAGAUAGAGAAAGAUCCACACCGCCUCAUCUUAUCAGCCAAAACCGUUACGCGCGAGAUCUGCCGAGACACAACUGGCUUGUGGAGCGGCUACUGCAGCAGAAAAAACUGUGCGCCGAGGACACCCUGCAGCAUGCAAUAGAUACAAACGACGAGCAAGACAGGGAAGAUAACCAAGCUGGCAAAGAAGACGAGCUUUCUCACUCAGGAGAAAAAGAGAACGAGACUGAUAAAGAAAACACAAGAACGUCACCUGAUGAUUUUGCCGAGCAACCUGAAGUCGGUGGCACGUUUUCUCCGAAACAGCAGAGUGAUCACGAAGAUCCAGCAAGUUCUCCAAGGGAUGGCUUUCAAAAUGAACUUCAUAAGAGUUUUUUACGAAGAAGUUUUCCACCUAAUGUACCUAAAACAUUACCUCGAUUAAAGCCUUCCUCGCCUGACGCCAGUGGUGGAAAUGACAGUGGUUUUAAGUCGAUCGAAAGUAAACCUCCACCACCGCCUUUAAAACACGCUGUGCCAUCAAAGGAAGCCUCUGGGUUAGAACCUUUACCUAAACUGAGAAAAAUUGUGGAUGACAAAGGAAGUACAGAAGAACCGCAAGAGAAAGAGUCAUUUACGUCAGAUAAUCAACGGGGUAGCGAACCUGCUACAAUUGAAACAGAACAACCGCGCAAAGUCAUCAGUCCUAUUGAGAUUCUAGAUGAUGAUGAAGAGAAAAAGAAACGUACCUUUGAAGACAAGGUAAACAUUGGCGACGCUUCACAAGCAAGCCAUGAACAUUCUACCUCCAGAUCUAAUGAUUCAAGCCUAAAAGAGGGACGGAAAUCACCGGUAAAAUCAUUAAGCGGUUCUUCACCUGACAGAGUGACGUAUUUCUCCUCAGCAAAGAAGCCUUUCGGUACGGUGAAUCCUACGAUUCCAGGGAGUAUGAAGGAUAAAUUUGGUCGACCUAUGCACAUCCCACCCCAUCGCGCCGCCAUUUUGAUUCCAGUCGUACCAAUGCAUGAUGGGAAUGGUAUGCCCAUUUCACCUGGCCUCGGUCCUACAUCUCCGCAUUUGAAAGGCUAUUCUCCCAGAACAUUUACUCCGCAUCUUCUUACCCACAGUGCAGCAGUACCUGGGCCGGGUAUGUUUGGAAAUCCCUUGUCCCAAGCAGGGCGAUAUCCUGCAACCAACUGUGGACAUCAUGUGCCCGGCAACAUGAAGUCUGGGAUACCAUGCAAGCGGGACGUGAACUGUCCUUUUCACGGCAACAAGCCGAGAGGUAUUCACUCCGGAAUUCUCGAUAUUCCAAGCCAUCAUGGUCCGAUGCAUCCCUUUGGACCUCACAGUCAUGAUCAUUUAUCUGCAGUUAUGUCACGUGAACGUCGAGAGUGCGAUAAAGGCCAAUGCCGGCAACCAGACUGUCAAGCAUACCAACCAGAUAAGCAAUCACCACCCAGUAGAGACACUCUGGGGGACAAAUCGGUCCUGCAAACACCGAAAGUGGUGAAGCCUAUCGCACAUGUCCCAGGAAAGCGACCUCCAUUGAUGCUGUCUCAUCUUCAGCAAAUUGGAAAGCAUUCCCCUUCUACUCUGAGAGAACUGGAAGCUUUGCACGAGGAAAAAGCUCGGCGCUUUGGAGGUGAUCUUAUGCGUUCUCCUCAUCAACUCCAGAAGUCUCCUGAAAGGUCCCCCAGGGAACUUGUCGUACCUAACAUACCCCCAUUGUAUGAGCGGAGACCCCUUCAUCAGCCACUUACCUUGUCUGAUCUCAACCGCAGAAGAGAGGAAGAAAUGUUGAGGGUGAAGGUGGAUGAAGGGUUAAAAUCCAAGACACUCCCUGGGGAAUUAAUGCUCUCCGGUCUUCCUUCACCUUCACGUGGACCGGCUAAGUUGACAACACCACCGCAUUCAAAAGAUCCGAGUUUGAUCUGUCCUGGACGAGGAUCCAGCUCGGCCACUUCACCUGUAGAGAAGAGGGACCAGACAAUUUCAUUACGACGCCUUGUAGAGGAGAGGGAACCCAGCUCUAUCAUGAGUGAGUUUCUCAAACCUGGACCCCCACGCCUUCGAUCGUUAGAUGAAGCAGAUAUAAGACUGCCAUCUGAGCGGCUGAGGCGUGAAGAGCUGAGCAGAGGACCUAGCUCGUCCCUUGUAAGGAUGCAGUCAGCCAAAGAUGCGGUCACACACUCUGGAAAGUUAUCGGAUGGCAAAGAAGGGCUGGGUCCUCGAGGGAUAGAGCUUUUAGGAAAAGCUGGCCGUCUAGAAAGAGACCGAAAUACGGAGUCAUUACACGGAAAUUCUAAUAUCGUCAACCCAGGUCUUCGACUGCUUGAUGAUAGAACGAGACAAAAUGGGAACAGGGAGGGACAACGCUCCAGAGAACACCUCAGCCCCGAAACGGAACAAAGGCUUCGCUUGGAGCUGUCAGGAGAGCACAAGGCGAGAAGCAGGAGUUUGGAGAAAGACACAAGAAUGGAACUUAGAGACAAAGAGCGCCCCGAAGAUCGCUUACUGGUACGUGCUGAGGACGAUAACGGUAGGUCAAGAAUGCCAUUUGAGCUCUCACCACCUCUCCGUCACAAAGUGUAUCCAGACAGAUCAUUCCUGGCCAGCGCGAGUAUUCCAGGUAGGAUAGAUCCCCGGAUGGCCACUCUGCACGAGUUGGAGAUGCACAGGCGCGGAGAAGUAAUUCGAGCGUCGGAGCCUUCACACCGUGAGCUACUAAGUAGAAUGGCUUCAUCCUUGCCUGUCACCAAGGGUGGCUCAACCAUGGUAAAAUCCAUCUUUGUGCGACCAGAUGGUUCGUUAGAACGGAGAGGCCCUGACUCCGCUCGACUGCCCUCCGAAGUUCAUGUUUAUUCCCCACCGACUUCCCUUGCCUCUCGAGAGUAUGGGCUGAUCAUGAAUUCACGGCAGGCCAUGGAGCGACUGGCUGCCGCAGCAGGAAAACCAGAAAGUCACUUAGCAGAUGUUGGAAAGGACUUACCGCCCCAUAUCAAACAGGAUAUUGAACGUGAGCGAGAGCGAGAAAGACAACGAUUGAGUCUAGAACAAAUUGAAGCCAACAGAAGACUUCUUCACGCAGAACUUAAAGACAAAGUGAACCCACUGGUAUUUAGCAAAGAUCAUCAACUCAGAAUGGAACAAAAGCGAGAUCACAUGGACGCAAUGAGAGCGCGAGACAAACGAAUGGCUGACCGUGAGCGCCUACUUUUCAUAGAGAGAGUUGCACAGGAAAGAAAGAGAAGAUUUAGUGAAAUUGACUCUCAUAGCGGAAUUCUCAUGCGUCAUUCUUCGCCUCCGCAGUACAGUCAUGGCGCCGAACGUGAAGAGUAUGAAAGAGUAAAAAGACUUAAACUCAGUGCGUCUUCGGUUUCCUCUUCUGCUUCAGGUCAACACUCUAAGCACUUGAGUCCCAGUGCACUCAGCUUGGAAAGGAAAGAGGCACACAUAUCGAGUCCCAAAGACCUUAUAGUGAACUCAGCUUCUCAAGUAAGGGAUAAACUAAACGAAUCGACAGACACCAGAGUCAGUCGUCCGCGAGAAAACGAACUGGUUAGCAAUACAUCAAACAAUGCGGCAAUAUUUGAACGAGAUUCUCUAUGGCAUCGCAAUCGCGAGCAACCGGUUCGCUCGCACGGAGUAAUUGAUCGGAAAAGAGCUGGAGUACAUCCGGGAGCGGCACUACACGGGUUUGUGCAGCCUAAAGGAGGACCACUCAUACCCCAACGGGAGGAAAGUAAAGGCGGCGCUGGCAGAGCAGAAGACGACGGAGUGAACCGGUGCUCAGUGUGCAAGCGUGAUGCCUCGUUUCUGUGUUCUGGCUGUCAGGCGGCCUGGUACUGCAGCUCCGAGUGUCAGCUGUCUGCUUGGGGAACACACAACAGAGAAUGCAGCCAGAAUAAGCGACAGUAAAUGAAACUUCACUUCGCUGCACCUUCUCUCCAAGACUUCUCAUUGGUGGUCAAGCACAUUACUGAAAGAGACAGUUUGACUCACAGUCACACCAGUUUAUUUAAUUAAAUUAUUUAAAAGUAAGAAAAUUCCUUUCUACAAUGGUCGAAAGAUUGGAUAAACCGAUGCUUAGUUCACUUUGACCUAGCCGCUCAUCAAGAAUAGGACGAAACGUUUGAGAACUGGUGGAAAUUGUGACAAAAUGAGGCAAAGUUGACCCGAAAUUUAGGUUUCCUUAGUACUUAGUACAAUUCUAAGUUAGUAUUAUCAAUACUCCCAGUGAUAAUUUGUUUUGUUGCACUGGUUUGCAUAAUUAACCCUAAAUCAGGGCGUGAACUUCAUUUCCAUUAAGCGGGUUAUUAGGCGUUUUAAAAGAGAUAUUCUUAGUGGCUCCUUACGAAGCACAAGCGAUUUUGAACAAAGUGAUUUUCGCGAGGUUUUCUGAACGAACUGUUCUAUUCAUUCAUUCUCUUCGAAACCUUAUAAUGACUAUAAUGUCUAUAGAUUUUAUGAAAGAGGAAAAAUUUUUAAAUUCUUUUCAAUCCACCGGUGAUGGUGAUAAAGAUGAAAUCAGAAAUUUUACCGCGAGGAGAAACACGCCUCAAUUUUUCCAGACGAGAUGCGCGAAAACAAAUCAUAUAAGUAGCGCGAAUUCCUUAGAUUUUUAUAACAGAAAAUUAAUUAAUAACCGGCACAGCAUUUGACGCAGAGUAAAAGAAAAAUUGAUCUUUUUAAGAGAACUUUAGUUGCCAAACUGCAAGUUCACUAAUAGUCAUUACUAAUGAGCCAUACAUGAGACUGUAGGCCCACAAUGCAUUACUAGGAAGGCUUUCAGUUUUCUCUUUCUUGCCUUUUUGAAUUAAUGUAAGUAAGUCGUUAAACGAAUUUCGAAACAUUAAUUUAUGUCAACACUUAUAUUUAUGUAAGCCUUAAAUUAUGUUGGAUUAUAAGUGUAAAGUUUUUAGCAAAAUGUAUUUAUUUCUGGACACAAAUUUGUGCCUGUGGCGGAUAUGAUGUACAAAGAAAAAGGAUCAACGCCAUUUUAACAAAUAAAUCCUUUGCAUUUUAAAGCCUG